GGGAGCUGGAUGACAGUAAUUAUUGCACAUAGUUACGAAUGACCAAAAACAACAUGGUGUGAGUUUGUGGUCCUACUAAUGUUUCCCUUAUUCUUAUACCACCAUUCAUCACGUACAUAUAUCUCUAUUUGUAUGUAAGCUCUAAGCUGGCUUCAGGCUACUACCAUUUGUUAUUUGUGUUUCCAAUUCCAAAGCCAGUUUUCCAUUUUAGAAAUGGAGAUAGAACAAGCCACUACCAAUGAAAAGGGUGUUACCGACUAUGGUGAUGCUGAAAUGAUUUCAGAUAAUAAUAAGAGAGGGAUGUAUCUUGUGUGGGAAGAUUUAACUGUUGUAGUUCCAAAUUUUGGGAAUGGGCACACAAGAAGAUUGCUUGAUGGGUUGAGUGGAUUUGCUGAACCUAACAGAAUCAUGGCUAUCAUGGGUCCUUCUGGCUCUGGAAAAUCUACUCUUCUUGAUGCUCUAGCAGGUAGACUCUCUAGAAACGUUAUCAUGUCUGGAAAUGUGCUUUUAAAUGGAAAGAAGAGGAGAUUAGACUAUGGAGUCGUAGCAUAUGUGACCCAAGAAGACAUAGUGUUGGGAACACUAACAGUGAGAGAGACAAUAUCUUACUCAGCUAAUCUAAGGCUUCCAUCUAGCAUGACAAAAGAAGAGGUGAAUGGCAUCAUAGAGGGGACAAUUAUGGAGAUGGGUCUUCAAGACUGUGGUGAUCGGCUAAUAGGGAAUUGGCACUUGAGAGGUAUAAGCGGUGGAGAAAAGAAAAGGCUAAGCAUAGCACUUGAAAUCCUCACAAGGCCAAGCCUCUUGUUCCUUGAUGAACCCACCAGCGGUCUAGAUAGUGCCUCAGCAUAUUUUGUUGCCCAAACUUUGAGAAACUUAGGUCAUGAUGGCAAGACUGUUAUCUCUUCUAUACACCAACCAAGUAGUGAGGUUUUUGCACUCUUUGACGAUCUCUUUCUUCUUUCUGGAGGUCAAACAAUUUAUUUUGGACCGGCCAAAAAGGCAGUUGAGUUCUUUGCCAAAGCGGGAUUCCCAUGUCCAAGUAGAAGAAACCCUUCAGAUCAUUUCCUCCGUUGUAUUAAUUCAGACUUUGACGCUGUCACAACAACUAUGAUGGCCUGCCAAAGAGUACAUGAAGAAAUGUCAAUAACAACGGGAUCGUUAUCAACUGCAGCAAUCAAAGCAACACUCAUAGAGAAAUACCGAUGGUCAGAGCACGCAACCACUGCAAGAGCAAGAAUCAAAGAAAUAUCAAGCAUUGAAGGACAUGAAUUUGAAAGUAAAAGCAACUGCGAAGCCAAAUGGUGGAAGCAACUAUCAACGCUGACUCGAAGAUCUUUCGUGAACAUGUCUAGAGAUGUGGGAUACUACUGGAUAAGGAUAACUAUCUAUGUUGCCUUAUCUCUGUCUGUUGGAACAAUCUUUUAUGAAGUUGGAUCGAGUUAUAGAGCCAUUUUUGCAAGAGGAGCAUGUGGCGCUUUUAUAUCAGGUUUCAUGACAUUCAUGUCCAUAGGGGGCUUCCCGUCUUUCAUAGAAGAAAUGAAGGUUUUCUACAAAGAAAGACUGAACGGAUAUUAUGGCGUUGGAGUCUACAUUCUUUCAAAUUUUCUGUCUUCAUUUCCCUUUGUGGCAGUGAUGUCCAUUGCUACGGGGACAAUAACCUAUUAUAUGGUUAGGUUUCGCACAGAAUUUUCACAUUAUGUGUAUAUCUGUCUGGAUCUUAUUGGCUGCAUUGCGGUUGUGGAGAGCUCCAUGAUGAUUAUAGCUUCACUGGUUCCCAACUUCCUCAUGGGAUUGAUAAUUGGAGCGGGAUAUAUUGGUGUUAUGAUGAUGACUGCUGGCUAUUUCCGUCAGAUCCCUGAUCUUCCCAAGAUCUUCUGGCGUUACCCAAUAUCAUACAUCAACUAUGGCGCAUGGGGAUUGCAGGGAGCUUUCAAGAAUGACAUGAUUGGGAUGGAGUUUGAUCCCUUAGAACCCGGGGGCACAAAACUGAAAGGAGAAAUCAUCCUCAAAACCAUGCUUGGCAUUCGAGUUGAGAUUUCAAAGUGGUGGGACUUAGCAGCAGUCAUGAUCAUCCUCGUAUUGCUUAGAGUUCUUUUCUUUGUCAUUCUGAAAUUCAAGGAGAGAGCUGCACCUUUUCUUUAUAGUAUCUACGCCAGGCAAACUCUGCAACGUAUCAAGAAGCGACCUUCGUUCAGGAAAGGACCAUCUUUCCCUUCCAAGCCCCACCAAUCACUGCAUCCCUUGUCUUCGCAAGAGGGGCUCAACUCCCCUAUUCAUUAGAACCAUCAUAUCAUAUCAUAUGCUGAUAUAUUUAAUUACAAACACAAGAAGAAUCUUCCAAAAAACAUUCAAGAAUCACACACAUCGAUCAUAUAUAUAUAUAUGACCCGAAUAUUAUAUUGUAUAUUGGGGAAUACUUUGUCUUGACAAUUCACAUGGAUAAAAUAUAUAAAUAUAAGAAAGGGGCCUUAUAAUAUGAUGGUUUCAGGUCUGAACAAA